UGAAAGGGGUGUUUAAGUCCUACAACAAAAACAACAACCAGUGCGUGAAAGCGUUAGCAAAUUCUGAUCAGCAUAUUACAACAUGAUGUUGUCUCACAAGCCUCUGGAAACCAGAAAUUCCUCAACAGCCUUGAAAUGGGUGGUACAAAGGUGUGAAUAAUUAUGGGCAAAUGGAGGUGGUUAGAGGUUUUGGCGAUGAUGUCUAUUGGUCAGUACAGUGUAUUUGACAGAGACAAGGGUGGGUGAAAUGCAGAGAGCCUGGUUUAAUGAGAAGAAGACAUAAGCAGACACUGGCAGCUGUUAAAUUGAGGGAAAGGCGGAGAUUUAUGAGCAGGCAUUGAUUAAGGUGCGGUGAUCGUGUGAGGUGUGCUGGUUGAGACGCCUCCCCCGAGACCAUGGCCGAUAGCUCGUCAGCAGAGGUACCAGUCAGCACAGAACAAACUGAAGUCGAAAACCUGGAGAUAAACCAAAUAAAACAAGAAAUUGCUGACACUGAAGAGAUUGAGGACAGAGUUGAGCACCAGCCGGGACAGGACACAGAAGGCCCCAUGCAGAUCCAGACAGAGGAGGUGAACAGUAUGGCCAAGCAGCAGGAGUGUGCCGGCUGUAAGAAGAAGAUUUCUGAACGCUACCUUCUCAAGGCUCUUGACCAGUAUUGGCAUGAGGAUUGCCUGAAAUGUUCCUGCUGUGAUUGUCGCCUCGGGGAGGUCGGCUCGACGCUUUUUACCAAGGCUAAUCUCUUACUCUGCAGAAGAGACUAUCUCAGGUUGUUUGGUACAACUGGAUACUGUUCAGCCUGCUCCAAGAUGAUCCCAGCCUUUGAGAUGGUGAUGAGAGCUAAAAGUAAUGUGUAUCACCUGGAAUGCUUCGCCUGUCAGCAGUGUAAUCACAGAUUCUGUGUGGGAGACCGCUUCUAUUUGUGUGACAACAAGAUACUGUGUGAAUAUGACUAUGAAGAGAGGGUUGUAUUUGCGAGCAUGCCUUACAAUUACAAUGCACUCUCUCAGAUCAAACGCCAGGCAAACAGCCUAAGUGACGACAUAUCUAGUGGCUAUGGUAGUCCCAGCCCCACCUCACUUUAGACUUACCCCCCAGUACAGUUACUGUGCUCAUCCAUGACUCCGCUGUAUGUAUGACUGACUUUUGUCAUCAUGGUAUCAUUAAAACUCCCAGGCAAACAAAUGUGUCAUUAUCAACUCAGCAUUGCUCUGUUGUAUAUCACGGAACCUAAAUCAGCUCAGGAGAAAAGGACUGAAAAUCAGCUUGUACAAAAGGACUGACAGUUAUUUCAACUAUGUGGUCUGGUAAUGGAACCUUGUUGGCUUGACCAAGAAACCACAUGCCACUACUUUCAAGGGAUCAUCAUGAACCUUGCUGCCUGCAAUGUAUCAGCAAUGGUUCAAACUGGCUUCAAACUAUCACAAGAAAACUGCAACAGGAUCUUCAAAUUAUUGUCAUGACUGCGAGAUGUAAGUGUGUUCCAACGGGCUUUAUCACAAAGAAACUGUAUGUUGUUUGUCUUCAAGGUAUCCGCAUGAGCCUUACUGAUAUUCUGGCAUCAUCAAGAGGUAAUUUGGCUUCAACAGAUUACUGUAAAUUACCGAACAUCUUCCCAUCACCUUUAUUAAUCCAAUUGUGGUCAUACAAGAACCCAAAUCAGUUACAUGUUAUCCAUGAUAAUGUGAUCAAAGACUUGGCCACAGAACACAGAAUUGUCUACAUCCUGUUGACUCACUGGUUUUUAAAUAACUGUUGGUCUCUAUGAAGACAUCUGCUGUAUCAUCAGACAGACACGUCAAGUGUGACUCCAUUGUACUGGCAGCAAUUCUGGACAAAACUGGUAGACUUUCACUUCCUACAUCUGGUGGAUAAACAAUAUCAUUCCAAUUGUCUUAGGGUAAACAGUUUUUCAUCAGGCACUUCAAGCAGUUCCAGUGAUUGAAACUUUCGUCAGAAAUUAACUGGCAGUGACACAUUCAAUUCAGCUAAGGCAUAAAUAGAUGAUAAUGUCAUCAUUGUGCAAAAAGUGAGUGUUUUCUGGUGUGGACAGAAGUAGACUUCCUCUGAUGGACAGAGAGCAUAUUCUAGCCAGACUGGUUGCACUUUACCAAUAGAGGCAUUGUCAGGACACUUGAACAGGGAGACUUUUCAUAUAGCAUUUGAUCUUCACCCAACGUUUUGACUUGAUACCAUUUGAUGGCUUUCUCAAGUUUUUGACACAAGUCAAGUGUACAGAGUGUUACGAGACGGAGCUGGAAACAAUAGUAUAAGCCUAGAAAUUAUAUAAGAAAACAGUACGCUGAACUGGCUGGGUUUAAAUGUCUGAUUGAGAAUGAAGGUAUAUACUUGUCUACUGUUAUUUAUAAAGGACCAAAUUUUAAGCUGUUAUGAUGUUCUGUACAUAGAAGAGCUGUGGAACUGUUGAAGGUACCAGGCCUGGUAUUUUGGGUGUAGUGCUGAUUGUGAAUUCUGUGCAGUGUGGAAUGACAACACUGUUUCUGUUAUAAAUGAUUUAUGUGUACAUUCACAUAUCUGUCGAUUUUAGAGGUUCUCAAGAUGUUUUCAUAAUUUCUUUUGUAAAAUGCAUAAUAUCUGCAUCGCAGCUGUAAAUUGAUUAAAUUUUUAAAAUGCGUCUGUUUUCCACAGCAAGUCUCAACACUCCACCUCUCCACCACCCCUUCUCCUUCUCUUCCCAACCCCCUCUCAUUAUUGCGCACAAUUCAGCGUCCCGUCUCACCGUACAGUGGUUAUCUAGUCAUUUCUUGUCUUAAUCCAGAUUUGUUGCGUCCCAGCCAAAUUAAAUAUUUACUUCAAAUUAUCUCCAGUAUCUUAUCUCAUCCCAUUGUGUGUAUCUAUACAGAUGCUAGAAAAUUCCAUAUAUGGCUAGCACUGAUCACUGUGUUUUGAUUACAUAUCAUCAGGAAAUUGAUACCAGGUCAUCUCGACCCUCUCCCAGGCUAGGCUCAAGAGAAUCCUUCCACAUAUGUGGGUUUAUCAACUUGUUUUACCAGGAACGGUAGCAUGACCACACACCACCCCUACCCAACCAAUCCUCCCCUUAUUUAAGUCCCUUUCUUCUGUACAAAUGCUCUGUAUUGUAUUAAUGUAACAGUAUUAUCACAGUGUCUAUUUCACUUCCUGACUACUAUACCAAUCACCUGAAACUUACUCUUUGAUCUUGACAGUGUCAAUUUAUUGAAUGGCUUCAAAGUGACCAGACAGCCUGUUGGACAUUGGGUUCCGUAAUGUGUUUGCUUUGUGAAUACUGCAGAGCUUGUAUAGCAAGAGGACAUUCCGUAAUAUAGGUGCAUGUAGUCUAAUUUAUUGGUAUGGUUUAUUCCAUCUCAGUUCCUGGCUGUCAAAGGUAUCAGCUGAAGCAGUUUGAGCUUGUAAAUUCCACUCAGCCACUUUUUAUGAUAUAACAAAAUUUAUAGCGCCCAGUGAAAGUUUAACCAUGAUUGUGAUGUCUUAACAUGGACUUUCACAAUUUUGACUCCUAGGAUUCAAAUAUUAGUUUUUAUGUCAAAUUGCCAAAUUUGAAUUCAAGUCAAAAUUGACAAUGGGGAAUCUGCCCUGGUCACAUUGAUCUCAGGUUGUUCUCGGCUUUGCUGUACUUUAUGGACUUUGGAGUGUGCACCCACUUUUAGGUGUGUGUGUGUGGUAUCCCAAAUAGUUGCCCUCUCCACUUCCCUCCCUCCCUUCAUAUUGUCACCUUUACUGCAACAUAGUCAGUCCAUGCACACUAACAUGUGGGACUCGCAGUGGCAAGAUGUUCUGCUUGCUGCUGAUCAAGAACUCUGCCUCAGCUUGAAAAAAUCCCUCUUCCAGCUUGUGCCAAACAUCUCUCACAUUUGUGUUGGUUUUAUGUACAUAUGUUUAUGAACCUUUGCUUCGUUUACACUUUUGUCUUCACACUAAAUUUUUGUCUUUCCCACGUUUAAAUUAUUCCUGAAAUGCAUUGGUUACAUGUUUUGUGUGUAGUGCCAUGUAAAUUCACAGUCAUCACAAAGAUAUCGGGGAAUUUUAACUGCAUUUCAUAUGUAUGCUAAAUUUUAUGAAUAUACUGGAAUUUGGUCUGUAAUUUAAGAUUUGUGGUUGAUAAUGGGGUAUGGCUGUGUUUGUUCCAGCUAGCCUAAGUCUGUACCAUACGUUACUGCAGUAGUAUGUGUACUGCUGAUGUGAGCCUAGUGGUACUCCUACAUUGUCCUUGCGUAUUUGAGCCCACCAAAGGGUUACCCCUUAAUCCUGAGCUGUGCUGGACUACUGUAUAUUUCUGUACAUAUCUCUCAUGUAAAAUUAUUCCCACAUUGUACUUUACUGUGAAUUAUGAUUAUUAUUAUUAUUAUAUUGCCAAAUAAAAGAGGAAAAUUUUAUUUAUUCAAAGUUA